AUGUCUCUGGUUCAGAUACAAGAGACCCCUAAAUGGAAGAAGCUUUUGGGUUAUGUAGGACCUGGUAUUCUCGUUUCUGUAGGCUAUCUUGAUCCCGGAAACUUGGAAACAGACCUACAAGCUGGUGCAGAUCACAAAUACGAGUUGCUAUGGAUCGUGCUUGUCGGGCUGACCUUCGCUUUCAUAAUCCAGUGUUGUUCUGCAAGAUUAGGGGUGGCAACAGGAAAGCAUCUCGCUGAGCAUUGCAAGGCAGAGUACCCAAGUCCACUCAAAUACUGUCUGUGGAUACUUGCUGAGGUGGCCGUUAUAGCUGCUGACAUCCCAGAAGUACUAGGAACGGCAUUUGCUCUGAACAUACUCUUCAAAAUACCCAUGUGGAGUGGGGUCCUGCUGGCUGGAUUGAAUACUCUCCUUCUCCUUGGGAUGCAACGAUAUGGUAUAAGGAAGCUGGAGGUGGCGAUUGGUCUGCUAGUAAUGGUGGUGGGUGGCUGCUUCUUUGCUGUAAUGAUAAAGGCCAGACCGAGUGCAAAGGAGAUGGUGACCGGAAUGUUCGUUCCCAAAUUGAAUGCGAAAGGAGCCACCAAAGACGCCAUUGCUCUUUUAGGAGCUCUGAUCAUGCCGCACAAUCUUUUUCUUCACUCAGCAUUGGUUAUAUCGAGAAAGUUCCCUCACUCCUUUGAUGGCAUCAAUAGUGCAAGCAAGUUUUUCUUCAUAGAAAGUGGGAUAUCACUAGUCCUAGCGUUCCUCAUCAAUGUGGUUGUCGUAUCUGUUAGUGCCAGCGUGUGCUCCAAUCCAAAUAUCUCUGUAGAGAGCAAGGCUCAUUGCAAGAAUAUCACUCUCGAGUCUGCGGCUUUCUUGUUUAAGAAUGACCUUGGAAAGUGGAGUGCAAAGCUAUAUGCCAUAUCCGUGCUUGCUUCUGGUCAGAGCUCAACUGUUGCAGGAACCUACGCAGGCCAGUACAUUAUGCAGGGUUUUUUGGAUUUGAAGAUGGAACUCUGGUUGAGAAACUUAAUAACCAGGUGCAUAGCCAUUGGUCCAAGUUUGGUGGCGUGCAUUAUAGGCGGACCUCAUGGAGCUGGAAGGCUUAUCAUUAUUGCUUCUAUGAUCUUGGCAUUUGUACUUCCAUUUGUAUUGGUUCCUCUCCUCCGGUUCACCAGCAGUGAAGCCAAGAUGGGUCGGCAUAAGAAUCCCUUUCUGGUAAGCCUCGUCUCAUGGCUAUUGGGGUUUUGCUCAAUUGGGAUCAACAUGUAUUUCUUAAGCACCACUCUGAUUGGAAGGAUAACGGGUAACGAGAUGACUAAAACCGGAUCAAUCCUCACAGGAGUAAUAGCAUUGCCAAUGAUGGUACUCUACGUGUCGUUGUUGACAUACAUGACACUGAAAAGAGAGAAUCCUGCAACUAGUUCUGAUAACUUGGAGAUAAGCACCACUAGCACCGAUGGAACAGGGAACAAAAAUGGCUCAGAAUCGAGCAGCAACCAGAGAUCAACUGAUGACAUUGAGAUGGAUGAUACUAUUCAUGCAUGA